UCGCUCUCGCGGCUUUAGCUCCCCCGCACCAUAGAUGUCAAAGGCUGAAGCUGCUCCCUUUGCCACAUUAUAACUAGUAGGGGAUCCUCAUCGACCAUGGCCACAGCUGCCUCGAAUCCCUACAGCAUUCUCAGUUCUAGCUCCCUAGUCCAUGCGGACUCUUCAGGCAUGCAGCAGGGGAGUCCUUUCAGAAACCCUCAGAAACUUCUCCAAAGUGAUUACUUGCAGGGAGUUCCUAGCAAUGGGCAUCCUCUCGGGCAUCACUGGGUCACCAGUCUGGGCGAUGGAGGCCCAUGGUCUUCCACACUGGCCACCAACCCCCUGGACCAGCAGGACGUGAAGCCCGGGCGCGAAGACCUACAGCUGGGUGCGAUCAUCCAUCACCGCUCACCGCAUGUCGCCCACCACUCUCCGCACACUAACCAUCCGAAUGCCUGGGGAACUAGCCCGGCUCCGAACCCGUCCAUCACAUCCAGCGGCCAACCCCUUAACGUGUACUCGCAGCCUGGCUUCACAGUGAGCGGCAUGCUGGAACACGGAGGGCUCACCCCACCGCCAGCCUCUGCCUCUGCACAGAGCCUACACCCCGUGCUCCGGGAUCCCCCAGACCACAGCGACCUAGGCGCGCACCACUGCCAGGACCACUCGGACGAGGAGACACCAACCUCGGAUGAGUUGGAACAGUUCGCCAAACAGUUCAAACAAAGAAGAAUCAAGUUGGGCUUCACCCAGGCCGACGUGGGGUUGGCGCUGGGCACACUGUACGGCAACGUGUUCUCACAGACCACUAUCUGCAGGUUCGAGGCCUUGCAGCUGAGCUUCAAGAACAUGUGCAAGCUGAAGCCACUGCUGAACAAGUGGCUGGAGGAGGCUGAUUCGUCCACAGGGAGCCCGACCAGCAUUGACAAAAUCGCCGCUCAGGGCCGUAAGCGCAAGAAGCGAACCUCCAUCGAGGUGAGUGUCAAGGGCGUCCUGGAAACGCAUUUCCUCAAGUGUCCCAAGCCUGCCGCGCAGGAGAUUUCCUCGCUGGCAGACAGCCUCCAGUUGGAGAAAGAAGUGGUGCGUGUCUGGUUCUGUAAUCGAAGACAGAAAGAGAAAAGAAUGACUCCACCAGGGGAUCAGCAGCCACAGGAGGUUUACUCGCACACGGUGAAAACAGACACGUCCUGCCACGAUCUCUGACUGCAGGAAGCAAGAAAGCGGCCCGCCGCGCUGGGAGCAGCGUGGAAUUCUCUUUCUCUCCCACUCUCUUCAUUUCACUUCAGCUUUAUUAUUGCUAUCUAGAGACAUAGCAAUAUCUAAAUAUCUAGAUAGGGCUCUUCUCUCGCUCUCUCUCCCCCUCCCUCCCCAUAUUUUUUUUUCUCUCUUUCUUUUUUUUCUUUCAUCCCCCCCCCCCCCAAAUAGGGGAUUCUAACUUAUAUCUUAAAAGGAAACACACUCACAAACGCCUUCAGGCUUCUUAAGGCUGAUACACAGUUGCGUUAAGCCGUCCAGGCAGGGAACUCAUUAUAGUGGGCCGCCUCCCGCCAGGGAAAUGUUUGCUCCAACCUUUUCUGCAGAUCAAUACAUAUUGUUUACUCGAG